AUGAAAAUUAGACGAGCAUUAGAUCUUUAUGCUAAUGUUGUUCGAAUAAAAACAGUACCGGGACUUAAACUUCGUCAUCAAAAUGUCGAUUUUAUUGUCAUACGUGAACAAACUGAAGGAGAAUAUAGUGCACUUGAACAUGAAUCAGUUCGUGGUGUUGUUGAAUCAUUAAAAAUUACAACUUACGAAAAUUCAAGACGUAUAGCAAAAUUUGCAUUUGAUUUUGCUACAAAAUUUAAUCGCAAGAAAAUUACGGCUGUACACAAAGCAAAUAUAAUGAAACUUGGUGAUGGUCUUUUUCUUGAAUCAUGUCGCGAAGUCGCAGCUUUGUAUCCAAAUAUUAAAUUAGACACCAUGAUUGUUGAUAAUACAUGCAUGCAAUUGGUUUCUAAACCACAACAAUUUGAUGUACUUGUUGCACCAAAUCUUUAUGGAAAUAUUGUCGCUAAUUUAGCUGCUGGAUUAGUUGGAGGAGCAGGAAUGGUUCCUGGUGAAUCUUAUUCGACUGAUGUCGCAAUCUUUGAACCGGGUGCGCGACAUCCAUUUUUAACAGGUGCUGGUAGAAAUAUUGCUAAUCCAACAGCUAUGCUUUUAUGUGGAGUUAAUUUACUUCAAUAUCUUCAUCUUGACGGUAUGGCUUCGAAAAUCGAAAAUGCUAUUGCUGCUGUUAUCAAACAACAACGUAUUAAAACACGUGAUAUCGGUGGUUAUGCAACACAGCAAGAUUUUCUUCGUAGUGUUCUUCAUCAACUUGGAUAUUAG